CAGCUGGCCUCAUUUCACUGGGACAGUUACUACAUGCAGCGGGAGAGCUGGAAUUCAGCAGGAGUUAGAUGUGGAGUGGAGACAGAGGGAUUGGCAUGGAGAGCCUGUCACCUGAGACACUACGUGGCCAUCCUCACCAGGAGGAUGCCUCUGUCUUAUGCCAGCUUACCGUGAAGGUCCUUGAGGCUCAGAGUUUGCCCAGGAAUGAUCUGUGUGAUAAGAUAGAUCUGUACGUGAGUCUGAAGCUGCCAACAGCUCCCGGAACAAACUUCAAGACCAAAACGGUCACCAACUCCAGUAAUCCUGUGUGGAACGAGACCUUCAGCUUCCUCAUCCAGAGUCAUGUCAAGAAUAUUCUAGAGCUAAGUGUCUAUGAUGAAGACUUAAUUACAAAAGAUGACAUCUGCUUCAAAGUUUCCUAUGAUAUCUCAGAAAUCUUCCCUGGCCAACAGCUCCAGAAAACCUUCACCCUGAGUCCUCAGGGACCAGAAGAGUUAGAUGUAGGAUUUCUGAUGGAAAGAACGCUGGACCCUCCAGAAAACCUCGUCACCAACAAUGUCCUUGUGGCCCGCGAACUAUCACACCUGAACGUCUGUCUGGACAGAGCUGGGAAGGCCACCGCGGCAGCAGGUCAGGACAAGCUAGAGCUGGAGCUUGCGCUAAAGGGGUCAUAUGAGGGCACACAGACGUUUGCCCUGGACGGAGCCUUUACCUUGAACUUCCACUAUGUGAGGGGCCACGACACAGAACUGAACGGGUGCCUGAGGAGCUCCGGAAACAAUGGCUGGAACUCAGGUACCUCAGCCACACUCUUCAGUGUGCCCCUGAACUCCUUGGCCACAGGGAAAGAGGUGACCAUAGACAUUCCUGUUACAAACGCCCCAGAAGCGAAGCUGCAGCUUAAGACAGAGUGCUACCCUAAGGAGUUGUCUGUGCGGCGCUAUGGGAUCUGCCCUGAGGAGCAAGCCUUCCUAGGCAGGAGGAAGCACGUGGUGGCCGCUGCCCUAAAGCAGGCCCUGCAACUGCAUGAAGACUUGAAGGAAGAUGAGGUCCCUGUUGUGGCCAUUGCCGCUGAGGGCGGAGGUAUGCAGUCUAUGAUCUCACUCUAUGGCCACCUAUCGGCACUUCAGAAGUUGGGCCUCCUGGACUGUGUGACCUACUUCAGUGGCCUCUCAGGCGCUAUGUGGACAAUGGCCCAUCUGUACCAGGACCCCGAGUGGUCACAGAGGGACCUCGCGGGACCCAUCAGCCAUGCCAGGGAGCACGUGACUGAAACCCUAAUGAAGGAAUUCUUCCCCAAACACUUGGUGAGCUACCACCAGAGAUUGAAGCUGCGGGCAGAGCGCAGCUACACCACCACCAUGACAGACCUGUGGGGCCUGGUGUUGGAGUCCAAGUUGCAUGGGCAGGGAACAGAUCAGAAGCUGUUGGAGCAGUGGGCUGCACUGGAGUCGAGUCAGAACCCUCUGCCCCUCUACUUGAGCAUCAAUGUCAAAGAGAACAACCUGGACACCUUCCACUUCAAGGAAUGGGUGGAGUUCUCUCCCUAUGAGUUCCUGAAAUAUGGAGCCUUUGUCCCUUCUGAGCUCUUUGGCUCUGAGUUCUUCAUGGGGCGGCUGGUGAAGAGACUUCCUGAGUCCCAGAUCUGCUUUCUGGAAGGUAUCUGCAGCAACAUUUUCUCUGUGAACUUGAAGGACAUCUGGUAUAACGUCAUGUCUGGGAAAGAUCAGAAGGAUCUCACGAUGGAUGUCCAGAACUCAGAACCCUCAGCCUCGGCAGGAACCUCCUCCUGUGUGGAGGCCCCAUGGCUGCAGUCUGGAACAGCCCUGGCCCAGGCAUUUAAGGGUUUUCUGAAUGCCAGGCUAUUCCACCAGUGCAAUGCCAACUUCCUCCAUGGCCUCCAGCUGCACUGGGAAUACCAUAACCAGAAAGACUUCUCCACCUGAGCAGACAGCAACCUAGAUAACAACCCGAAUCAGCUGACCACACAGGACCCUCAUCUCUACCUAAUUGAUUCUGGCAGCUUCAUGAACAGCAGUUGUCCCUCCGUGUUCCGCCCAGGUUGCCAAGUGGAUCUCCUACUCUCCCUCAGCUACAACCAAUCCUUUCCCUUUGAGCUACCUAGUCAGUCUGGACUGCAGCAAUGGGAGAAAUACUGCAGAGGGGGCCUGCCCUUCCCCCACGUGGAACUCAGCCCUGAGGACCGUCUCCAGCCCCAAGAAUGUUACUUAUUCUCAGAUCCUACCUGCCCUGAGGCACCUGUUCUGCUGCACUUCCCGCUGGUCAAUGGUUCCUUCAGGGACCACUCAGGGGCCCGGCGCAGCCCUGCUGAGCUCAAGGCUGGCCAGGUGGACCUCACAGGGACUUCGUCCCCCUACUGCUUGUACAACCUGACCUACAAAGAGGAAGACUUCGACCGUCUGCUCCAGCUCUCUGACUACAACAUGCGGAACAACCAAGACACUGUCCUGCAAGCCUUGAAGAUUGUUCUGAAAUGCAGAGCUCCAGAGGCCAUGCCCUUGGGAGUGAAGACCUGGGGCUUCUGGGCGUGGGGUUUAGGGCGCCUCUAAGGCUCUGAGGGUCACACUCUGACCCUCUAACUUCCAAGGACUUAACUCGGCCUGCAGCUAGGCACAAUCACAGUGUUCCUGGCUGGAGCACCUAGUUCUCCAAGGCCUGGGCCAUCUUCUGCAGCUAGUCUCACUGCCCAGAGGGGCUGUAC